GCCCUCCUCCCGGCCCAGCUCCAAGACCAGCUCGCAGAAGCGGCAGCCAACCGCUGCUGAGCCGCAGCUGCCGCCGUACGCCGAGCAGCUGCUGGUGGAGGCGCGCCAGACGGCCGCGCACCUGCAGCAGCAGUCCGCCGCGCUCGCCGACCGCAACCGACAGCUUGACGAGACGUUCUCCACGCUCCGCGAGCAGUGCAACAUGUACGAGCAGGAGCUGGAGAUGCUGAAGGAGCAGAGUCGCGUGAAGGAGCUGGAGCAUGAGGAGGAGGUGGAGGUGCUGAGGAACCAGGCCAACCACGCCAACCGCUCCAAGCUGGCCGAGAACGUGGAGAUGAUCAAGCUGCAGCGGGAGCUGAAGCAGACGGCCAGUCGGCUGACGGCCUUGCAGGCGCACACACAGUCGCUGGAGGAGACGCUGCGCACCGAGAGGCCCGCCUACGAGCGCGCCGCCCGAGAGAUCACUGAGCUGACCCGGCUGCACGAGGAGGAGCAAAGGCGAAGCGAGCAGCUGCAGAAGGAGGCGGCCGCCGCCGGCCAUGCGCGCCAGCGUGCGGACGAGCUCGAGACGUCCCUGCGCGACGCUCAGCGUGAGAACGAGCUGCUGCGCUCGGCGAAUGAGAAGCUGUCCGAGAUCGGCAGCGACCAGGAAUGGCAGCGGGAGCAGCAGGCCACGCUGUCAUCACUGCGGGCUCAGCUGGCCAGCGUCGAGUCCAGCCUGCGCGGCGAGCAGGCUCGCGGCCGCCAGCUGGCCGACCAGCUGACGGCCGAGCACAGCAGACGCCGGGCUGAGCGUUGCGGCCUGGGCUGCGACGCACACCGGUCCAGCGAGGGCGCGAGACCGCGGAUCGACACCGGCGAGUCGGUGGCCAAACAGUUGGCGGCACUCCACUGCCAGUACGUGGAGACGGUCCAGGAGCUGGAGAAGACACGCACCCUGCUGGACGUGCAGAAACAGGUCAACACCGCCCAGCAGCAGGAGCUGGAGCCGGGCUGCUGCCUGUUCGAGCUGCACGUACAGCUGCUGACGCUGACGGCUGAGGCGCGCCGUCAGCUCGGAGAAGCCGGCGUCUUCCUCACCUGGAUGUUCUACAACCAGGACAUCCAUUACACACCUGUGAUGAGAGGAGACCUGAACUUCGACUGUUCUUCGCUAUACAAGCUGUUCGUGGACCGUGCCCUGAUCCAGUAUCUGGCCAACGAGCACGUGACGGUGGAGGUGCACCGCACGGAAGGCGAGGCCGACUGCCGCCAGCUGGGCACGGCCGCCCUCAGCUGCCGAGAGAUCCUCCAGUACCCCAGCAACAGGCUGCACGGCACGGCCGAGCUGGCCGGCCUGGGCACGCUGGUGUACUGGUUCCGCGCCGACGGUCCGCUCCUGGAGUUCCUGCAGCGGGCGCCGCCGGCUGACGACGCUCGUCGCAUGGACGGUGACGCCGGCCGCGGCGGGGACGGCGCCGGUGACCAGACGAUCGUGGCCGGCUCCCCGGAUAUCUGUGAGCCGGCUGCAGACCGUUCGCUGGCGUGUCCCUCCCUUCUGCUGGCGGUGCCGUGCCGUGCCUAG